CAUGGAUGCUUUAAAAGCAAAAUCAAGGAUUGGGGCAGAGUCUUCUGCGUUAUCAAUGAUAAGCACUGAGCUUACAACAAAAGAUAGGUUCAGUGGCCAGAGACAAGCUAUAAAGGCUUCUUGAAAGAAGGAAAAUGGCAGAUAUUUAGUAGCGAUAUACGAAAUGCUAGCUGAAAUUGCCAAAGAGCAAGAUGAAAUUACAAUAGAAUGAAUAGAAGAGCUAACCAAAAGUAAUAAUGAUGUUUCUGUCACAAAUGAGACUACUAAGUCAGCCAAAACUGAUCGGAUUUUUACUAAGCAGAACCAUCUUGAAAAUCUAUAUGACAUCCCUGAUGUCCCAAGUAUUGAGAAGUUGAAGGAAAAGAUCAUUCACCAGAUUAAACAUACUGCCUCUCCGCUAUAUGAUCUUGGCCUGAAGUUCACCUGUACAUCUCUUCAGGUCAAGGACGCCUUUCUUAAUGUUGGGUCCAAAUACAUACAGAUAAUAAAGGAAAAUUCUGAUAAACCAGAGUUAAUAAACAGACAGUUGUACAAGUUAAAGCGGAUUAUAGGAGCAUACCAGAUGCUCAACGACCCUGAAGGACUUAGCCUCUACAUUCAUAACAUAAGGAUCCGUAGUUUGAUUAAUCAAGAGACUACAGCAUAUAGAGAUACCAGGAAUGGGGCUUAUUACCCAUUCAUGAUAUUCUCCGUAUCUGAGAAAGACACAGUGAUGAUGCUAGAGCUAAACUUUAUUACUGAGACUAUUGUCCUUCGAGUUAAAGACCAUGAACGGAAGGAAUACUCUUUCAGUCAGAUCACUAAUGUCUUACAAGGAGUUGAACAUGACAAGUUCAUUAUCGAAUUCAAUUUUGGCAAGAAUAAGAUCCGUACUUUUGAAGCAACCUACCAAGGCCAAAGAGAUUUGAUCAUUAAGUGAUUGCUUUAUGCUAGCCAGAUCUUUGCUGUCACAGAAAGUCCCAAAUAUGAUAUUCUCAAAUUCCAGAGGGAAAAUUCAGAAAUUUUUGGAGAAAUUGACCAAAAUGGUCACUACAUAAGAGAACCUGCUUCUGAUAUGUCCACAGAGUCGAGAUUUCAGUUGAUGAGAGUUUUGAUGGAUGAUUUCCAACUUCCACCGAAAAGUCUCUGAAAAGCCAAGGUUAAGAAGAAAAAUAAGAAAGUUGGGUGGGAAACUCGCUACUGAGCACUUGGGCUUACUCAUCUCUUAAUCGCAAGGGACGAAGGUUUUCACAAGUUGCUAAAUGUAGUUCCUUUGACAGCAGGGACUUUCGCUAUCAAACGCAACAAAGACACCAUCACUUUACGUACAUCAGAGCGAGAAUUCAUUAUAAAAUUUGAGAAUCAAAAACAAACCGAAAGUUGGUUCCUAAACAUCGUCCAGCUGACAGGAAGAGAACUGAUAGAUUUUGCAUCAGAGACUUCUAAGAUAAAACAACAUCGGGAUAUCUCCUCACAGAUGAAGAAGUAUCUCGAGGUUGAGAAAGAAAUCAAGCAGACUUUGAUUUAAGUUAUCUGACUUAAAUAGCCAAAAAGAAGAGCUUGAGAAAUCCUUAAGGAAAUAACUAUGACUUUAAAGAGUACACUAAUUCAGAGUAUAAACUUGAAAAUUACAAAGAUUCUAUUAUAAAAGACUCUGUGAAGGUCAUCACCAAGAUAUAUGAAGAAAUUAGCCAACUCAAGAAUGUUAAGUAUACAUCAGCUGCUCUCCAGUUACAGAAUAAACUUGAAAGUGUAGCCUCUAAAAAUAAUAUCAAUAAGAAAGAAUCUUCUCAGGUUGAUAAGGAAUCUCAGGGUGGAAAGAGUGACGAGAAGAUCGACAAAUACUAUCCUCCGAACCUUAGCAAUAACUACUACAUCUUCAAGGAGUCAGACACUGAGAAGUUAGCAGUGUCCAUGGAGAUGCUGAAGCAGCUGAAGGGAAACGUUCCAAAUAAUCAUUAUGUCAGUUCAAAGAAGAAGAAGCGAGACAAAGAGAAAUCUUUGUUGACAUCUUAAAU